CAGUCACUUUCAAACAAGAAUGGAUAAUAUAUAGGAUUCGAAUGAGAGGCCCAAAAUGAUUCUAACUGUGUAAUCACUUUCUUUCUUUCUUUCCCUCAGCCAUAACUUCCCAAGAAAAGAAAUUAUGCUGUAUCUUAAAGCAAUUCAAACCUGUUUUAUUCCCCGCCAUGGAUGUUUCCCUGAAAGAGAAUUCUUCGGGAAGAAGAGGGUAGUCCUGUCCUUCUGCAAAUCGAAUGGUUCGGAGGAUUCUGAUCAAGAAGCUCCGAAAUCGUCGGGAGGGGAUUUACGCAAGCAGGAACUUCUUGCUAGAAUUGCAAUGCUUCAAGCUCAGAAAGUUCGUCUCACGGAUUAUUUGGACGAAAGAUCGGCUUUCCUGACGCAGUUUGCGGAUGAAGCAAACGCUGAAAUCGACCAGAUUGGUGAAAAUGCCCUCAAGGAGUUGGAUGAAGCCGGCGCCAGGAUAAUGGAAAACAUAGAGAGUCGGAUGCAGGAGUUCGAGGAAUCAACAGAGUUGAACAAACAGGAGAUUGAAGAAAACGAAAAAAAAUUAGCAGAUUUCGAAGACAAGAUUGAGAAAGACAGAAAUGAAUGGCUGUUCUUCAAGAACCUCGGCGAAAAAGCGCCCGUCGACAAGGCACAAGCUAAAGAAGAAAUUGAAAAGAUUCGGGAGCUGAACAAGAAAAGCGCCGGCUCAGUAAUCCGAAGGAACAUCUACAUUGCAUUAAUUAUCUUGGUAAUAAUUGCAAUCGUAGAUGUUGUAGUAUCUUCGGCAUCACCCGACUGGGGGAAGGGUAGUGUUCUAGGGGUCAUUCUGGUGGGCUUGCUUACACAACUAAUCUAUGAACAGAGUAUGUUGUCCGAAACUGACAAAAUCGAACAAGAAAACAGCAAAGAAUAGAUAGUGUGAA